AAGAAGAAGGAAAGAAAGAAGGAAGAGAGAUAAAAAAUAAACAACUGGGAGAUUAUCUGACUGACAGGAGGAGGCGUCUUCAUCUACAGGUAAUAAAUAGCCUUCAUUUGGAAAAAAGAGAAAAAGAUCGAGACCUUUUGGGGGGAUGUUAUAAGCUCCAGAUGUGAUGGGAGGACACUGGUGGAUGUCAUCUGGAUAUGAGAUAAACACGUAAACAAAUAAUCUACCGAGGAAACGGAGGAGGGGGUGAAAAUGAAGCUCAAUGAACGCAGCGUGGCGCACUACGCCACCUGUGACUCACCGCCAGACAAGACAGGCUUUCUGUUCAAAAAGGGCGAGCGCAACACAGCGUAUCACCGGCGCUGGUUUGUUCUGAAGGGUAACAUGCUCUUCUACUUUGAGGAGCGUGACAGCCGGGAGCCCAUCGGCGUUAUCGUCCUCGAAGGAUGCACUGUGGAGCUGUGCGAGUCGGCCGAGGAGUUCGCCUUCGCCAUUAAGUUUGACUGUGCCAAAGCACGAGUGUACAAGAUGGCUGCUGAGAACCAAGCAGCCAUGGAGUCCUGGGUGAAAGCGUUGUCGAGGGCCAGCUUUGACUACAUGAGGCUGGUGGUGAAGGAGCUGGAGAGGCAGCUGGAGGAGAUCCAGGAGGCCGCGGGAGGCGGCAGUGUCGGGGCCGGGGCAGGAAGCCUGCAGGGCAGGCCAAAGCACUCCAGGAGAAACCAGGUAGCUCGGCCCAGGUCUGGAGCAUCGUCUUCUUCAUCAUCUUCAUCUUCCUUAUCAUCAUCAUCAUCAAGUGCUCCUCCCAUGUCGGGCACCUCCUCUGCCCAAAAGAACCUCCAGGAUGAGGUGCAGCUCGUCUCUGAUUGCUCCAAGGAGAACGGAGUUGCGUGGAGCAAACCAGCAGUUGCCUUGGCCAACGGCUUUGUUGACGGCGCGUCUUCCUGUGUUGCCUGGGAAACCUGCACAGACUCUGGGAAUAACAUUGGAUAUGGGGCUGAUGGGGUGAGGGCUCCACCAGUGCCUCCCAGGAGAAGAGGAGCAUCUCUGGAAAGCCCCGUCUCUCCUGGCACUGGCUGCUUCUCCAAACUCCAUGACUGGUACGGAAAAGAGGUGGAGGAACUGAGAGUGCAGUGGCUGCAGAGCCAGUAGAGUGAUGGAGGUGUAUUAUGUCUUUUUCCACAGUUUAGUCAUUCCUUCCUGAUCAUUCUGCAAUGUCACACCCCUCUGAAUUUAACAGAGGGGCGACAAAACUGAGACUAAUUUUCAAAAUGCAGCCUUAUCAUCAAUCAAAAGACAAAUGAAAAUCUGAGAUUGAUUCCGCAUCUUGUCUGGCACAAGGGAAUCUAUCGGUCUUGAACAUUAACACUACCCCCUGUACAAUCCAAGGAAUUUAAAUCACAACAUAUGCUCUUUUCCACAGUUUUGAGUGUCAUUUGCCAAGGACGAUUAAAGAUUUAAAGACUACAGUAUUUAAAAUGGUAAUCAUUCAUCAAAAGCAUCAGUUUAUCUGACAAGAUGCAAAACAGUUUGGCCUAGAUUGGCUUUGUACUACAUACAAUUCAGUAAAAUAUGCUGUUCUGUUAUUAUAUCACCAAUGUUCAAGAUUUCCUCUGCCCUUCUGGCUUCCAGUUAUUCCAAACACAGUAUGUGCAAUUGUUGUUAGGUCAGUACUUUUUAAAGCUGUAGCAACCUUGAUCUAAAAACAUAUUUUUCUAUAGGUAUUCAUGCAAAUUAUGGUGCUAAGCAUCUAAAAAAUACCAAAAUAAUACCAACAAAUAACUGCUAAGAUUGCCUUUUCCGGAUCCCGCAGGAUGGUAAGGGUGUUUUUUUUAAUAUGCAAAUUAUAUAAAGAAGGGCAAGUAAAUAACAAUUUUAAAGACAUUGCACAAAAUAAAUCCACAUGGAUUAGAUUGCUACAGUGACAUGUUAUUCACAGCGUACAUGGGUGAGAGCUAAAGGAAAUCCUGCAGCUGUAUGAUUGAUGGUAAAAUGAUAAAAAGCCACUUGUACAGUUGACCGUUUUUAUAAUCUAAUGACAACAGCACCAGGACAAGGAACAGCUUAUGAAGGAACAGUUCACCUCCACAUUAAUAAUACAUAUUUUUCCUCAUACUGUAGUGCUGUUUAUCAGUCGAUUGUUGGAUUGUUGUGAGAUAUCGGCUG